UCAUGAAGAAAUUUGCAAAUAAACAGGUUUCUUCUAAAACAAUCGGUAAUUCGUCAACGUCAAAACCCAAGGUCAACGGUGUAAAUGACAAAAAAACUAAAUCCAUCAUUAAAAGAAAAUCCAUCAAAUAUAACUGUAAAGCUCUGAAAAAGACUUCUUUAAGACGAUCAUUAAGAAAGCCAUCCAAAAAGAUUUAUACAGUGGAAGAUGUGCCUGAUGAUGAUCUUAACAUUUUUGGAGGUCACAGCUGUAGACACUGUGGAAGGAUGUAUAGUUAUCCCGAUUAUUUAGAGAAACAUUUAAAACGAUGUCCAAUGCUUGUUUGUACGAAUCCCUGGGAAUGUCCACGUUGUGGUCGAAAGUACAGUAGUGAAGACUAUCUAAAUGUUCAAAUGAAAAAUGAAUGCGGAAAAAAUCCACCAUUAAAACGACAUAGUAUUUCGUAUUCGAUUGUAAUUUCAGCAGAAUCAUGGAUGUUUAAAAACAUUGAAUAUGGUUGA